UCAUUUCAAUCUUUUAUUUAUAAUUCAGUUUUCCUUUUCAUUUUAUUUAAUUAAACAAUAGUACUCGUACAGUAUGGAAUUUCAUUUCAUUUGGUGGCCUACGCCUACGCUUAGAAACAGAAAUACUAAUUAAAAAAUAAAAAAGUGAAUUAAUAGAGGAAAAAGAAUUGGAGAGGUGCAGGUGCAGGCAGCAGGCAGACGCAGGGGGGGGCACUGCAGCAGUGUGCAAACUCUGCAGUAGCCACCAUCAUCACCAUAUAAAUUUAAACACACUUCUGCCCCAUUUCCGAUUUCCGAGCUAUAACCAUUCCUUUCCAUUCUCUCUCUCUCUCUCUUCAUAGCCACACACGCACCACACCCUCGUAGCUGUGCAAACUUACUACUACUACUACUACCUGAUCGCACUGUUUCUCUUCCUUUUCCUCUCUUCCAAAUUUUUUAUCUCCUCUAAUUUGCAAUCCCUCCUCCAUCCGUUUCUUGUUGUGCUUGUGCGUUUGUAUACCAAAAGAAAGAAAGGAAAAAGGAAGAUGUUGUGUUUAGUGUGGCAUUUUUGUUUCUUCAUGUAUCUCUUUGAGCCCUUUUGACAUGUCUACAGUUUCAUCCCCUCUUUUUAGUUUUCACUCCUGCAGAUCUUUUAACGCUUUCAAAAAUCGCCUGCCUCUCUUCUUCUUCUUGGAAAAGGGAGAGAGAGAGAUUCCUUUGGAUAUGGUGUGAUAUUUAGAGACCCUUGUGGAAAAAAAUCAUUUCUUUUUCGGUAUUUCAGGAGAAAAUUUAUUCGGUUGAGCAUCGGCUGCUUCUUCAGUUUUGGGACUUACUUAUUCUGAAGCAAGGAAAAAUUGUGGAGGAUUCUGUGAGUAGGCAGUGCAAAAGAAGGGAUAUAUUUUGUUGCUUUCUGUAAGAAAUCAGGGUUUCUGCGUGCCAGAAGUUGGUGGUUUCACCUUUCAUUUGGUGAAAAUUCGGGGCCUUUUAGUGGUGAGCAAUUAUAGUAAUUUGUAACUGCUUUUUGCGCCCAAGUCGUAUAAGAAGGUGGUUUCUUGUGUGAAAAAGGAGAAGAGAACAGAUUAAUUUUGUCACUAUGCAUAUGAUUCAUACACGCAAGGCUACUUAGAUUUCGUUGAGCAAUUUUUGGCUGUUUACCUUUUUUCUCUUGUGAGAAUUCUCCCCUGCUUCAGAGAAUCUUUGUCAAGAGCUGCUCAGUUUAUUCAAGAUACUAGCUUUGGAGUAUCUUCAAGUUUUACAAAAAUGGCUAUGGUGGCGCAUCAUCACCGGGAGGAUAGCAGUGGGAGCAUUAGCAAGCAUCUUGAUGCCGGAAAGUAUGUCCGUUACACGGCGGAGCAGGUGGAGGCGUUGGAGAGGGUGUAUGCCGAGUGUCCCAAGCCCAGCUCUCUACGCCGCCAGCAGCUCAUUCGGGAAUGCCCUAUUCUUUCAAACAUUGAACCCAAGCAAAUCAAAGUCUGGUUUCAAAAUCGGAGGUGUCGAGAGAAGCAGCGGAAGGAAUCUACUAGACUUCAGAGCGUGAACAGAAAAUUGACUGCAAUGAAUAAGCUGCUGAUGGAGGAAAAUGAUCGCCUUCAGAAGCAGGUGUCGCAGCUGGUAUGCGAGAAUGGAUACAUGCGGCAACACUUAACGCCUGCUCCCACCACUGAUGCGAGUUGUGAGUCAGCUGUCACGACUCCUCAGCAUUCUCUCAGGGAUGCUAGUAACCCUGCUGGACUCCUCUCGAUUGCAGAGGAGACAUUGACAGAGUUCCUUUCAAAGGCUACUGGAACUGCUGUUGAUUGGGUCCAGAUGCCUGGGAUGAAGCCUGGUCCGGGUUCAGUUGGGAUCUUUGCCAUUUCACAAAGUUGUAGUGGAGUGGCAGCACGAGCCUGCGGUCUUGUGAGUUUAGAACCUAUAAAGAUUGCAGAGAUCCUUAAAGAUCGUCCUACUUGGUUCCGUGACUGUCGGAGCCUUGAAGUUUUCACUAUGUUCCCUGCAGGAAAUGGAGGAACCAUCGAGCUGCUAUAUACACAGACAUAUGCCCCAACUACUCUGGCUCCUGCCCGUGAUUUUUGGACUCUGAGAUACACAACCACAUUAGAAAACGGCAGCCUUGUGGUAUGUGAGAGGUCGCUCUCUGGUACUGGGUCUGGCCCAAACGCAGCUGCAGCUUCACAGUUUGUGAGAGCUGAAAUGUUUCCAUCUGGAUAUUUGAUCCGGCCGUGUGAUGGUGGAGGCUCCAUUAUCCACAUUGUAGAUCACCUUAGUCUCGAGGCUUGGAGUGUGCCAGAGGUCCUUCGCCCACUCUAUGAAUCUUCAAAAGUUCUAGCACAGAAAACCACUAUUGCUGCGAUAAAAUAUAUUCGGCAGAUAGCUCAGGAGACGAGUGGCGAGGUUGUAUAUGGUCUUGGUAGACAACCGGCUGUUUUACGCACUUUUAGCCAGAGGUUAAGCAGAGGCUUUAAUGAUGCAGUUAAUGGGUUCAACGAUGAUGGGUGGUCGAUAUUGAAUUGUGAUGGUGCUGAAGAUGUGGUGAUUGCCAUCAGUUCUGCGAAAAACCUAAAUAGUGGGUCUCUUCCCAUUCUCGGAGGAGUUCUCUGUGCAAAAGCAUCUAUGCUACUUCAGAAUGUCCCUCCGGCAGUGCUGGUUCGCUUCCUAAGGGAGCAUCGAUCAGAGUGGGCGGACUUCAACAUUGAUGCCUAUGCUGCUGCAUCAUUGAAAAGCACUUACGUGUAUCCCGGGAUGAGGCCCACUAAAUUUACCGGAAGCCAAAUCAUCAUGCCCCUAGGCCAUACUAUUGAACAUGAAGAGAUGCUUGAAGUCAUUCGACUGGAAGGACAUUUACUCAGUCAUGAAGAUGCUUUUAUGUCCAGAGAUAUUCAUCUUCUGCAGAUGUGUAGUGGAAUAGAUGAGAGCGCUGUUGGAGCAUGCUCGGAGCUUGUCUUUGCACCAAUUGAUGAGAUGUUUCCGGAUGACGCGCAAUUGCUGCCUUCUGGCUUUCGGAUAAUCCCACUCGAUCCAAAACCAGGUGACUUGCAAGAAUCGUUAGCCUUACACAAGACGCUAGAUUUGACGUCAAGUCUGGAAGUUGGCCCUGCUGCGAGCAACAACGGAAAAGUUGCUGGAGGAGCUUACAGUGCUCGAUCUAUUCUGACUAUCGCGUUCCAGUUCCCAUUUGAAAGCAAUUUGCAGGACAAUGUUGCUUCAAUGGCACGCCAGUAUGUUCGUAGUGUGAUUUCCUCUGUGCAGAGGGUUGCUAUGGCUAUCUCUCCCUCGGGAAUAAGCCCUUCGAUAGGUUCAAAGCUAUCUCCAGCCUCACCGGAAGCUGUGACCCUUGCACAUUGGAUCUGUCAAAGUUAUAGCCUGCAUACUGGGGCAGAGCUGCUUGCAGCUGAAUCUUCGAGUAGUGAAGCCUUGUUGAAAUCACUGUGGCAUCACCAAGACUCCAUCUUAUGCUGCUCGCUGAAGGCGGUGCCAGUGUUCACGUUUGCGAACCAGGCGGGGCUGGAUAUGCUGGAGACGACUCUAGUUACUCUGCAAGAUGUUACUCUAGACAAGAUAUUCGACGAUUGUGGGCGCAAGGCGUUGUUCUCGGAGUUGGCCAAGAUCAUGCAACAGGGAUUUGCACACUUGCCUGGUGGUAUCUGUAUGUCGACAAUGGGGCGCCACAUCUCGUACGAGCAGGCCGUUGUCUGGAAGGUGUUUGCGGAGGACAGCGCGAACGCGAGCGGCGUGCACUGCCUCGCCUUGUCAUUUGUGAAUUGGUCCUUUGUGUGAAUCAAGUUUGAUUGCCCAAGAAACGGUCGACAUCAAUGGAUGAGUGCUGCUCCCAAGGAUUUUGAGGGAUGGCGUCAAUCGAGAUGGCUUGUGUUAAUUUAUUUCACAUUUAAUUGAUGCUGGAAUGUACAUUCUGCUGUCAUCUUGUUGAGUUUUGAAUUGCAUUUGCUCAAUUUAGAGAGAGAAAGAUUAGAUGUGUGA